AGAGCGAGCAUCUUAGCUGCCUUCAACACUGACACAUAUCGGAGGGGGGGAAUAGAGAAAAGAGAGAGAUUGGAGAGUAAACAAGAAGAGGAGAUGAGGAUUAUAAUGCUGCUCCUGCUGUUUCUGUGACGGUGGGCUGUUAAAAAGCUCGCGUGGCUUUCCAUCUCUCUCGCACACUUUCCUUCGCGCACUCUUUCUUUUGCUCUUGAUCUGUCAGUAGUUUUCUCUCCUUCUCUUUCAGGCUCCCUCUUUCCCUCUCUCUCUGUUCUACUCUGACUACUGCAGUAGUCCACCAUCCAGCCGCAAGUCUGACAGCCACACACAUGGCUAACUGCCACAACUUACUACCUCAGCUCUGGAAAAAAAACUAACAGAUAAGCAAGCAGAGGAACACUGCAGGAGACAGUCCAGGGGACAAAAAGCGAACGGAGAGAAGAAUCCUCAACACCUUUCUCUGUUUAUGGAUACAGAUACGGAGCCCACUUCCACUCUCAUCUUCUCAGCGUCAUCCUCCUUCCUCUCUCACAUUGCAGAAGAAGACAAGAGUGCUCUCUCUCUCCUCCGUCAGCCUUUUGCGAAGCUCCGACAGUGCAGCGUAUCCCCUUCUCCACCCCCCACACAGCGCCACCAUCUCUCCCACCACCAUCAACCCCCCCUCCCCCCAGGAGGAAUAGACGGAUUACUGCUAACUGUGCACACGGCAGCCUGCAGCUGCUCUGACCAGGGCCAGCCCAACAUUAGGGGGAAGCAAGAGGAACACAGAGGAGGAGAGGAGAGGGAGAUGACUGUGCCGAGAGUUUUUUAGCCUUUUUCUGUCUCUCAGUCUCUGUCACAACAGGGCUAAUCAGCGACCGACAAGCCCUUGGCAAAGUCACAGUGAGGGAGGUCUCUCACCCAAACAGGCAACCAACCGACGAGCCAACACAUGUACCGGGAGCUGAAAAAAACAGGAGGUUUUUUUUUUUUUUUUUCUUUUCAAUGUCAAUUAGUCACUUCUCUCCUCCUCUGUUUUAAUUAACUGCAUUAUGGAACAUUGUGCUUUAUCCACAUGGAGCUGCUUUUUGGAGUCUGCAACCUGGUAGGAAGGAAGUUAGUGGAGGAAGAAGAGAUUUAGGCACCUGCUAAGACUUCAUGGCCUUACCUUGGGCUGUGAAUGUUUUCUUUGCUGCUCUCAGUCUUUAAUAUCAGGAGCCAUUUUGUACCCUUGGCUAAUAGAGGGCCUCAUCACUUUUUCAAAAGGAAAAGAGAAGAAGGCAUCUAUCUCAAGUUAUUCCAUGGAAAGGAAUUAUAAAUUAAUGUGAUGCACGACUGUUGCUUUUAACAUUCAAAAAAGAGGCAAAAGGGAGCACUUUCAAACUAAUGAGCAUCUUCCUGCACUGUCGAUGGAACUUGGGAGCCUUGAGUUGCUCCAGCCAGGCUAGGGUGGUCUGUCCUUUGGUGUGUGCCGUCUCCCCCCACCAUGCAGAAUAAUGAGCCCUCCACACCAUGAGUCCUUUGGGCCAGGUUAGUGUGCAGCCUACCUGGAACACAGCCCUGCUCGCCAUGCUCUCCCUCAUGGUGCCUGCUCUCAGUAUGUGCCAGUCCACAGGUCCUGAGUUGGGCUCAGCUAUUCCACAGAACUGUCCAGGUGUGUGCUCCUGUACUAACCAGCUAAGCAAGGUGGUGUGUACACGCAGAGGCCUGAUUAGAGUUCCUCCAAACAUCCCAGCCAAUACCAGGUACCUAAACCUGAUGGAGAACAGCAUAGAGACCAUUCAGGCAGAUACCUUCAGACACCUGCAUCAUCUUGAGGUUCUUCAGUUGGGCAGGAAUGCCAUCAGGCAGAUUGAAGUGGGGGCCUUCAAUGGCCUGACCAGUCUGAAUACCUUGGAGCUGUUCGACAACAGACUGACAGUCAUACCCAGUGGAGCUUUUGAAUAUCUGUCAAAGUUGAGGGAAUUGUGGCUCAGAAACAAUCCUAUUGAGAGCAUUCCCUCUUAUGCCUUUAACCGUGUCCCCUCACUCAUGAGGUUAGACCUCGGAGAACUGAGAAAGUUGGAAUACAUCUCUGAUGGGGCAUUUGAGGGCCUUCAUAACCUGAAGUACCUAAACUUGGGGAUGUGCAACUUGAGGGAAUUUCCUCAUUUGUCACCUCUAGUUGGACUGGAAGAACUGGAGAUAUCAGAGAAUGUUUUCCCUGAACUGAAGCCUUGGGCUUUCCGUGGGCUUAAGAAUUUACGUAAACUUUGGAUUAUGAACUCUGCUAUUACUAUCAUUGAGAGGAAUGCAUUUGAUGACAUCACAGCAUUGGUGGAGCUCAAUCUAGCCCAUAAUAAUCUAUCAUCCCUCCCCCAUAACCUCUUUACUCCUCUACAGUACCUGGUGGAGCUACAUCUACACCACAACCCUUGGCGCUGCGAUUGUGAUGUAGUUUGGCUUUCCUGGUGGCUCAGAGAAUACAUUCCCACAAAUUCCACCUGCUGUGGACGCUGCCACACCCCAGCCCACAUGAGAGGAAGAUACUUGGUGGAAGUUGAUCAAACGACUUUUCAGUGUUCGGCACCAUUUAUACUUGAUGCACCAAGAGAUCUGAACAUUUCAGCAGCAAGGGUGGCAGAACUGAAAUGCCGCACCGCUGCCAUGAGCUCAGUCCGAUGGCUUCUCCCUAAUGGCACUGUGCUGACCCAUGGCUCAGCUCACCCAAGGAUAUCUGUCCUUAAUGAUGGAACUCUCAACUUCUCCAAUGUUCUCCCAUCAGACACUGGGGUCUACACAUGCAUGGUAAGCAACAUGGCAGGGAAUUCCAAUGCCUCGGCCUACCUAAACGUCAGCAAUGCUGAACUCAACACAUCUAAUCUCUCCUACUUUACCACUGUAACAGUCGAAGUCUUGGAGCCCACAGUGGAGGAGACCCCUAAACCCAAACCUACUGUCCCUGCCUCACCCUCCGUCUUUCAACCUGUCUUUAUCUCUACACCUACUGUGCUGUUCCAAAGCACUCAGACUCCACGGCAGGUGUCAAUUCCCACUGCCAGAGUCCCUAGUGGGACACCUGCCAGCCUGGAUGAGGUGAUGAAAACCACCAAAAUAAUUAUUGGCUGUUUUGUAGCUGUUACCUUACUAGCAGCUGCCAUGCUGAUAGCUUUCUAUAAACUGCGUAAGAGGCAUCAACAGAGGAGUACGGUGGCAGCAGCCAGGACCAUAGAAAUAAUUCAAAUGGAGGAACAAGUUCCUCCAGUACCACCACCAACAUCUGGAUCUAGUGGCUCUGAUGACACAGGGUUGGUUCUACCAACUUUAGUGGAACACAACAGCAACACCUUUAAGCCUGGGUAUGUGUCCUCUUCCUCCUCAUCCCGACAAGGGAGUUAUGGAGCCCACUGGACCCAGAACAACUCUCUUCAUCGCUCCGUCAGACAGCAUCACAGCCACAUCAGCACCAUUGCUGAUCCCUACAUCAUUAAGACUACUCACGGCAAAGAGAAGGUUCAGGAGACCCAAAUCUGAGUAAUGGUCCCUAUGGAUCUAUCUCUGACUGUGCUCAAACCUCUACUCUCCUAUCUGCUCACCAGUCCAUGCAAUAGAAUGCACAAAGAGCAAAAUUGUCAUUUCUUUUGUACAGAAGUCCAAACAGACUUUUUUUCUUGUACAUGCCUAUA